UAUCUUCUCCAACUGUAAAUCGAAAUAAUCCCUUCCCUCCUUAAAUUACUUCUUUUCAGGUACCAUGGCCACAGCGAUGAGAAAAGUGACACACGCCCAGCCUGGAGUCCCAGAGCUCGGGACAGUACAUCCAGAGGUGGCAGGGUUGGCAUCAGUGUUGCUGUGACACAUCCACCAAGAGGCCCGAGCUCUCCAAGAGGACCCAGAGGGGACAGGCCAGGCCAGAGCCAGUUCCCCAGCGGCGCACUGGGCUCUGCCCUCUCUCCCCCUCUGUUUCCCCCUCCCUUUCUCUUUCCCUCUCCGCAUCCUUCUCCCAUACUCUUUUUCAUCCUUCCCCUCCUCCUUCCCACCCUCCUCCUCCCCUCAUGUCCUUCCCCCUCCUUCUCCCCAUCCUCCUUCUCCUCCCUUUCUUCAGUUUCCUUCUCCUUCUCCUCCUCUUCCUCCUUCUCUUCUUUAUCUUUCAGCUUCCUCUACUCUGAGUUCCCCAUAAGGAGCCAAGCCCCCUGGAGUGUCCCACCAGAGAGAACAGGACUCACGGAGGGCAUUCCUACUCUUCCUCCAGUCCCACCCCUGAGGCUUCCCACCAAGUCCCACCAAGCCCAAGUGAUGGUCACUCUUGGCUCUUCUCUCUCCUGGCAGGGUCAUGAGGGCCCCUGUAUGUACUCCCACCCCGACCUGAAGCAUAGGGCAGCUUGAUUUCUUUCAACCCCCUAGUUGAGGCUAGCGUCUCCAUUUUACAUAGGAGGAAACCGCGUGCCUGUGUACCAAGUAGCCUGGAGCUGGCAGCCAGGUCAACAGGACUUCAAAGUGGGUACCCCACCCUGCCCUUCCUGCCUGGGAUGCCACAGUCAGGAGUCACCCAGCCUUUUACCUCAGCUUCCAGGAACAUCAUCAGCUGGUUCGUGCGGUCCUUCAAGUACGUGUAUGGCCUUCGCUUUGAGGUCAGAGGCCAGAAGAAACUGGAGGUGGAUGGUCCCUGUGUCAUCAUUUCUAAUCAUCAGAGCAUCCUGGACAUGAUGGGCCUCAUGGAGAUUCUCCCUAAGCGCUGUGUACAGAUCGCCAAGCGUGAGCUGCUGUUCACGGGGCCUGUGGGCCUCAUCAUGUACCUCGGGGGUGUCUACUUCAUCAACCGCCAGCGGGCCAGAACUGCCAUGACCCUGAUGGCUGACCUGGGUGACCUCAUGGUCAAGGACAAUCUCAAAGUAUGGAUCUACCCAGAGGGUACACGCAACGACAAUGGGGACCUGUUGCCCUUUAAAAAAGGUGCCUUCUACUUGGCCAUCCAGGCCCAGGUGCCCAUCAUCCCCGUGGUGUACUCAUCUUUUUCUUCCUUCUACAAUGUCAAGAAGAAACUCUUCACCUCAGGAACAAUCAGGGUACAAGUGCUGGAUGCUGUCCCUACCAGUGGCCUUACAGAUGCUGAUGUCACCAAGCUUGUGGACACAUGCUACCAGUCCAUGAGGAGCACCUUUCUACAAAUUUCCAGGAUGUCCCAGGAGAACUUUGCCAUUAAGGAGCCUGGGGUCGUGGCAGCCCAGUAGCCCAGGCCAGAGGCAGGGGAGCUGGAGGAAGGCAGGUGGGAAGCAGAGGCUGGAGGAUGGACAGAAGGCCAUACCCUCCCACCUACCAAACAUCACCUUAUCCCGUUUCCCUGCUGACCUGGCUCUCACUGGGGCCUGGAAACAGGAAGCCCCUUCUGAUGUAGGCCUUAGACCCGGGACCCCAUGUAACUUCCCCGCCUCAUGCCUGUGCUUCCAGAAUCCAGGUGUGGCCAUCCAGCAGGUGGGCUGACCCAAAAGACCAUGAGGCACCUAGGACUGGGCAACACGCCACUCAAGGCCCACCCCAUGGUGCAGGAUCAACAUUCAGGAAUCAGGCCAUGGCCUGUAUCAGGCCAUCAGGAAGAGGAGGAACUUGGUCUCCCAGUCUCAAGGAAACCUGGGUCACAGCACCAGAGGGCAGAGGCUGACAACCCCACUGUCCGACGGUCUCAGUCACAAAUCACUGCUGUACUUGGUUCUUCUUUUUUUC